AUGGAAUCUGUGAAUUCAACCAGUUUUAAUGUACCAUCCUCUGACUUUUCUAUAACAUCUAUAUUGGAUUCACAAAUAUGCUUAUUAAACAAUAGUAAUAAUAAUAAUAAUAAUAAUAAUGUGACUAGCGAAUUAAAUACUGACAUAAAAAACCAUAUUCAGUUGGAUGCGAUUGAAACUGUUAACAAUAAUUUCACUGAUAUUCCAUUGUCUACAACAUUGUGCUCAAAUCCGAAAGUUACAAAUCUAUUUAUGCCACCAGAUACUACUAUUCAGGAAGUGAAUACUAAUAUUAAUAAUACUUCAACUAUUAACAAUUCAAGUCAGCUAAGGAUUUCAACUACAUCGUCAUCACAAUCCACCUCCUGCUCAGCAUCAUCACCCAUUAAUAAAUUAACAAAUAAUACUAUGGAUAAAUCAUUAUAUUUAACUACGAUUGAUAUGUUGCACAGAAUGUUAACCAAUAAUACAACAACAACAAAUCCAACUAUUUUAUUGUCAGAUCUUGUCAGUAAAAUGUAUUCUGAGAAAAGUGAAAAAUUAUUGACACCAUAUAAUCUAUUAGAAUUGUCAACUAUUAUGCUUAAUAAUAAUAAUAAUAAUAAUAAUAAAUCGAAUGUCACAAAAACUGAUUCAUCUCCUCUAUCACAAAUUAUAUCGACGACACUAUGGAAUGAUAUAAUAAAUUAUGAAAAAUCUUUCAAUGCAACAACACAAAUCACUUGUAAUAAUAAUAAUAAUAAUAAUAAUAAUAAUAAUCAAAAUGCUACUACUGUAACCAGUGCAACCACCAAUGGUGCCAUUUCAACAACGAAUACAACAAAUACAACAACUACUAGUAAUGAUUACAAUGUUGUUAGUAAAAAUGAACUACUCUCAUGGUUACAAAAUUGUAAUCUGCCAAAUAUUGCAAAUAAAACUGAUACAACACCUAUUGAUAUAACAUUGAAUAGAAUUAUGAAUCCAGUGAAUAAUCUUGUAAAUAUACCAAGUACUAGUUCAUCAUUACUUAAUAAAAAUAAUAAUAAUCUCACUGUGAAUGAAUCAAUAUCCGAUUAUAGUAAUGAUAUAAAUCAUAUUAAAAAUAUUAAUCAAAUGAAUAAUCAAUGUUUGAUCAACAAUAAUAAUGACAAUCAUAAUAAUAAUAAUAAUAAUAAUAAUAAUAAUGAAUUAGCACAUUUUGUAAAUUUAUUAAAUUUUCAUAGUCGUCUAUCCACUGAAUGUUCAACAUUGAAUUGGUCAAAUGAAACACCACUAUACACAGUGAAUAGUUCAAAUUAUCCUGGAACUAUAACAACACCAGUAAUUAUUCCUUCUAAUAAUCCAUUACAAAUACCAUUUCAAAAUUGUGAAAGUCAUACAAAUGAUCGUCAACAAACAGUUAAGAAUAACAUAGAGAAAGAGAUUAAAAUUAAUAAAUCUGCUAAUAGUAGUAGUGAUAAUAUUGACAAAUAUGUUGAUGAAGAUAUGAGUGAUAUUGAAAAUAAUUCAAAAGGUGAUGAAUUUAUGUCGCCAAAUACACGAAUGAAUAAUUUUUGGCCGAAUACAGAUGAUUUAACUAUUGAUCAUCAAGCGAAUGAAAUGAAUAACACUGGAACCGAUGAUGAAAUGGAUUAUAAAACAGAUUUAAAUUCAAAAUCAUUAUCUAUUCAAUUAUUACGAAGAAAAAAGAAAACACGUACUGUAUUUUCAAGAAAUCAAGUUUAUCGGCUGGAAUCAACUUUUGCUUUGAAACGUUAUUUGUCUAGUUCUGAACGUGUUGGUUUAGCCAGAACGCUACAGUUAACAGAAACUCAAGUGAAAAUUUGGUUUCAAAAUCGUCGUAACAAAUGGAAACGUCAAGUUACUGUUGACUACAAGCCAACAAAUGACAAUCAUUCAGAUGAUAUAAUUUCUUCCAGAUCAAGUGGAAUUAUACUGCCAUCAACGAUUAUUGGACAGACAAAAUUACCAACAUCUGUAACAGAUUUUGAUCCAUCAUCUAUUCAUGUUUCUGGAAGCAUUGGAUCAUCGUUUUCUUUGAAUAAUUUUAUGAAUACAUCACCAGCGAUCGAAUCAUGGGUAGCUAACAAUUAUAUUCAGCCAAAUAUUAUGAAUCCUAAUUAUUUUCCAAUUAGUAAUCACAAUAAACACUUAUUGCCACCAUGUAGUAAUAAUUAUCUUUCAAAGAAUCACAUGAAACUAGAUUCAUAUCCUUUGAUGAAUAUCAGCCAACAAACUACAUCUGCAAGUGAUAAUAUCCACCCUACAGAUCUUAGCAUUUCUUCAUGGUCUCAUGGUAACGCCAAUUUAGAUGUUGAUGCGUCUAGUCAUUCACAGAAAUCAUCCAUUUCUCCAUUAUCUUCAUCUUCAUUAUGUGCAUCAGCAACUUUACCUCAAGUGUCCAAAGACAUUAUUCCUAGUUCUUCUCUUCCUUUUCCUCUCUCUUCUUCCUUAUCGUCAUCGGAUAUUUUAUUAUCAUCUGGAGUAAAUGUUAAUUCAUACACGAAUCCAACAUUUACUGCAUCGAACUUCGAUAAUCGAUUGUCUAGUUUAGAAACAAUUCUGUUUAAUCAAACUCUGAAUAAAAAUCCGGGUAAUAUUGAUUCAUCAGAUUUAUCUAAUCUACUUGAAGUACAUCGUCGAAUUUUAAAAGACGAUGUAGAUCAAAGUAAAAUUAUUGCAGCGUUAAAUGCAGUUGCGACAAAUCUUUUAACACGCAUUAUAUGA